UCUAGACCUCCUCCCAAGCCAAUGCGCACCCGUAUUGGAUUCCCUCCUCUCCGGCACAUUCCGUCGAACACCUCGCGGGCAUGGCGCUGGAGGUCGCCUGGUACGACUUCGUCUGCUUCGGCAUUGUGGGCGUCGCCGUCCUCGGGUCCCUGUGGCUGAUCUGGAGGAAAGAGGGCGCUUGCCGGCGCGGCGACGGCGACAGCUUGUACGAGAGCUUGCUGGUGGGCCGGCCCGAGAGCAAUGGGUCGAUGCAGGGGUCGGUCCCGAAGGGCCACGUGGGCUCGUCGCAGCUCUGGACCAGCUGCUGGCGCGGGGUUCACCCGGGAUGGCUGCUGGGGACGCGGCUCUGCUCGCUCCUGGUCAUGUUGGGGUUCAUGUUCAUGGAUAUCGAUGACUGGGGCGUGAGCGUGUACAUCUACUACACCGAGUGGACUUUCGCUCUAGUUAUGAUCUAUUUUGCGGUAGGGUCUGUGGUGUCUGCACAUGGGUGCUGGUUGUAUCACAUGCCAUCUCCUUCUACAAAUGGAGCUAGGGGUGAGUUCAAGAGGGAUUUGGAAGAGAGUAUACCAACCACUUCUAACUCGAACGGAGAACAAGAAAUCAGGGGCUCCAAGUUGAGACGUCGCUACACUGAAGAGGAGAUCCUGCAAAGAGCGGGAUUUUGGGGAUAUCUGAUGCAAGUUCUAUAUCAGACUUGUGCAGGAGCUGUAGUUAUGACAGAUGUUAUCUUUUGGUGCGUGAUAGUCCCAUUCAUGUCUACAGAACGUCUUGGCCUGAAUGUGGUGAUGGGAUGCAUGCACACACUGAAUGCCUUCUUCCUACUAGUUGAUACUGCGCUCAACAGCCUUCCAUUCCCAUGGUUCCGGUUCGCAUACUUCACGCUCUGGAGCUCUAUCUAUGUCAUUUUUCAAUGGGUCAUCCAUGCCUGUGGUUUUUUAUGGUGGCCAUAUCCUUUUCUUGUUCUAUCAAUACCGUGGGCUCCUCUAUGGUAUUUUGCCCUCGCAGUGCUUCACAUUCCUUGCUACUAUGUAUACGCUCUGAUCAUAAGGGCGAAAAAUUCUUUUCUUCCCAGAUUGUUUCCCCAUUGUUUUGUGAGGUCGUGUUAGCUUCAUUCUCUGCAUCGCGACUAUUUCUUCGUCGAGAGGUGGGUCUCCUUUUUACAAUUCCUACUCUUUUAGUUUCAUCCUUUUCGGCUCAAUGGCCUUACUUACAUGCUACGAGACUUCAUACACGCAAGGAGGAUCGAGUCUCGAAUCCUUUUCCUCCUGAUUUGUGAUUCGCACUCCUUGGGGACAGUUUACAGAUAAUCAAGUGCUCAAGCUUACAUUGUAUCAGGAAUACUGGUGUAUAACUAUCAUUUUCUAUUCUAAAUAACAAAAUGUCAGUUCAAUUA